AGAAACUAUAACCAAAUGCAAAAAAAAUGAUUUUAUUAAUAAAAAUCAAAAAUGAUUGACGAGCAGCAUCCAAUACAAAUUGCCACGUUACCACUGGGCCUCAAGUGUCAUACGCCAAUACAGCAGCAACAUCAACACCAACAACAACAACAGACCACAUCCAUGAUGAUGAGCGGAAGUCAAAGAAUGUUAACAACACUGGCAGCGGCUUUGAAAGCAACAACUUCCGGCGCGACAACAAGCGACAAUGGUGCUGGCAACUCGAAUGAGGCGACCAAGCCAAUACCAACAUUAACAACAGCAUCAAUGGUAGCCGCGUCAGUUUUGGCAGUAGGAGGUGGAGCGUGUCGCAUGGAAGGGGCCGGGGCUUCAGCAAUGGCUACAACGACGGCAAUAACCGGUUCGGUACCAUCCAGAGAGGUGUUGUGUGGGAGCAGCGGAGUGGCCUGCGGUGAAAUGAACGGAAAUCCGACAACACCAACCGCAUCAGCGUCAGCAACAGCGUCAACGACAUUUUAUACAAAUGUCAUAGGAAAUUGCAAUAGCCACAAAAAUAAUAGCAAUGCCACGAAUGAUAACAAAUGCUACAACAACGUCAAUAACAAAGUGAGCAACGCCAAUGCUGGUCAAAGGCAUCAGCAGCAACAGCAGCAUCAACAAAUGGAGCUGAAUGCACCAGUAACUGGACCGGGUCCCGGGCGACCACCAUCCGAUUGUUCCCCCACGCCCUUGGUCCCAUCUAUGUUUUGCAGCGAUAGAACAACGUUGGUUGAUUUCAACUUGAAUGUUACUGGCGGCUGUGAUGGUGGCAACGCCAACUGCAAUAACGCCUGCACCAUGGCUGCCAUAUAUACCGCAAAUAACAACAGCAACAACAAUUGUAUUGACCACAACGGUAAUAGUAACCUUACUAGUUGCUUAAAUAGCAACAAUGGCAGCAAUGCCAACACCAACAACAGCAUGUUUCUCUCUAUGCAGUCCCAUAUGGACAAUGGCGCUUCGCUACAACAAAAACAACAGCAACAACAUUUGCAAUUGCAUUUUGGUACGCACAUGCACACCCAAUUUCCAACCGAAGGCUGUUCCCCUUGUCACACACCCCCAACGGCAUCGCUGCGACAUGCCACAACGACUGCCACCAAAUGCGACUCCCUGUCCGCCGCCACGGCACUCGAGCUUCCAGUGGCAUUGCCGUUAUCUUUGUCAUUGCAUUUGCCACUAUCGUCAGCAUUGACUUGCCGCACUGCCUCGGCACCGGACGCGAUGCAGUGUGCCUAUUGUUGUCAGCCAAUUUGUGAUCGUUAUAUAAUGCGUGUCGUGGACACUUCAUUCCACGAGGGAUGCCUCAAGUGCGCCACUUGCGCGCUACAUUUAGUACACUCCUGUUAUGCGCGUGAUGGCAAACUGUAUUGUCGCAUUGACUACGAAAGACAAUUUAUACGCAAUCGAUGCCUUGGCUGUGGUCACCGAAUCGCCUCUGAUGAGCUGGUUAUGAGAACCUUUGAUAACGUUUUCCAUUUGAAAUGUUUUGCGUGCGUGGUGUGCGGUGGACUCCUGAAGAAGGGGGAGCAGUAUGUAGUGAAGCAAGGUCAACUAUUUUGCCGUUUGGAUUAUGAGAAGGAAGUGGAGAUGCUGCAAGGAUAUGAUUUCUAUGGCGAUGACUUGUUUACGCCGAAAUUGGAUGGACGGCGCGGGCCGAAGCGCCCUCGCACCAUUUUGAAUACUCAGCAAAGGCGAGCCUUCAAAGCAUCCUUUGAGUUGUCGCCAAAACCCUGCCGCAAAGUGAGAGAGAAUUUGGCAAAGGAGACUGGCUUAAGUUUAAGAAUUGUACAGGUUUGGUUUCAAAAUCAGCGUGCCAAGGUGAAAAAAAUUCAGAAGAAGGCAAAACAAGAGCAUCCGAAAGGAGCGAGCGACUCACAAGAUUCCCAAGAAUCGGACAACAGCAAUUUGGCGAAGAUCAAAGACGAGGCGCACAGCGACAGUGAAUCUCUGCUGGAGUCACCCUUUAUCGCUUGUGUCGGCAGUGCGGCAGGUGGUGGCGGUGCGUCCUCUUGUGCGGAUGGUGUUGUAAAAAUGCGCUCCAUCAAAGACGAAAACGAGAAUACGUCAUUUAAUUGCAUGGAAACCAAUAAAGAAAACUGCAACAAGACAAAUGAGCCUUUUCUGAGUACAGUACUCGGAUUGAGCUACUCCACAUUUCAACAGUUGAUGGGGCCGCUCACACAAUCGCCAAUGGUCAAUCCCAUUGAUCGACUCUACAGCAUGCAAAACUCCUACUUUCGACCAGAGGAAUUGGGCUACAGCGGCUGCUCUAAGGACUUAGUUGAGUCUUAAAUAAUUCAAAACACUCGCACACCGUAAAAAAAUUAAUUACUUACAUUUUAGUGCUAAUAUUUGUGUAUAAAUGCAAAUACAAAUGCAAGUAUCAAAAAAAUGAGCUUUGUGCGCUCCUUAAAAUCUCUACAUAUACAUAUAUUAUUUUAUAAAUACAA